UGACGGCCAGGACCAUGGAGGUCAGCGUGCUCCUCUUCCUGGCUUUCCUCGCGGGCCUCCUGCUGCUUCUGCUCAGGGGCCACCCCAAGGCCCACGGCCGCCUCCCCCCGGGACCCCACCCUCUGCCCGUCCUGGGGAACCUCCUGCAGAUGGACAGGAAGGGCCUGCUCCGCUCCUUCCUGCGGUUCCGAGAGAAAUACGGGGACGUGUUCACGGUGUACCUGGGAUCCAGACCCGUGGUCGUCCUGUGUGGGACGGAUGCCAUCCGCGAGGCCCUCGUGGACCAAGCUGAGGCCUUUGCUGGCAGGGGGAAGGUCGCUGUGGUGGAUCCGAUCGUCCAGGAUUACGGAGUGAUCUUUUCCAACGGGGAGCGCUGGCGGGCACUUCGGAGAUUCUCCCUGGCCACCAUGCGGGACUUCGGCAUGGGGAAGCGGAGUGUGGAGGAGCGCAUUCAGGAGGAGGCCCGGUGUCUGGUGGAGGAGCUGCGGAAAUCCAAGGGAGCCCUCCUGGACAACACCUUCCUCUUCCACUCGGUCACCUCCAACAUCAUCUGCUCCAUUGUCUUUGGAAAACGCUUUGACUACAAGGACCCCGUGUUCCUGCGGCUGCUGGAGCUGUUCUUCCAGUCCUUCUCCCUCAUCAGCUCCUUCUCCAGCCAGGUGUUCGAGCUCUUCUCGGGCUUCCUAAAGCACUUUCCCGGCACGCACAGGCAGAUCUACAGAAACCUGCAGGAGAUCAACGCUUUCAUCGGCCAGAGCGUAGAGAAGCACCGCGAAACCCUGGACCCCAGCAACCCCAGGGACUUCAUCGAUGUCUACCUGCUCCGCAUGGACAAAGACAAGUCCGACCCCAGCAUCGAGUUCCACCACCAGAACCUCAUCCUCACCGUGCUCUCGCUCUUCUUCGCCGGCACCGAGACCACCAGCACCACCCUCCGCUACGUCGGGGUGAUGGCAAAGAGGAGCCCAGAGCUGGAGGAGUUUGCUCGAGGACGAAUCGUGUCUGGAGUCGCGCCCGUGUCUGACCGCGAGGAGGCUGCAGCAGGCAGACAGCUGACGGCCAGGACCAUGGAGGUCAGCGUGCUCCUCUUCCUGGCUUUCCUCGCGGGCCUCCUGCUGCUUCUGCUCAGGGGCCACCCCAAGGCCCACGGCUGCCUCCCCCCGGGACCCCACCCUCUGCCCGUCCUGGGGAACCUCCUGCAGAUGGACAGGAAGGGCCUGCUCCGCUCCUUCCUGCGGUUCCGAGAGAAAUACGGGGACGUGUUCACGGUGUACCUGGGAUCCAGACCCGUGGUCAUCCUGUGUGGGACGGAUGCCAUCCGCGAGGCCCUCGUGGACCAAGCUGAGGCCUUUGCUGGCAGGGGGAAGGUCGCUGUGGUGGAUCCGAUCGUCCAGGGAUAUGGAGUGAUCUUUGCCAACGGGGAGCGCUGGCGGGCCCUUCGGAGAUUCUCCCUGGCCACCAUGCGGGACUUCGGCAUGGGGAAGCGGAGCGUGGAGGAGCGCAUUCAGGAGGAGGCCCGGUGUCUGGUGGAGGAGCUGCGGAAAUCCAAGGGAGCCCUCCUGGACAACACCUUGCUGUUCCACUCGGUCACCUCCAACAUCAUCUGCUCCAUUGUCUUUGGAAAACGCUUUGACUACAAGGACCCCGUGUUCCUGCGGCUGCUGGACCUGUUCUUCCAGACCUUCUCCCUCAUCAGCUCCUUCUCCAGCCAGGUGUUCGAGCUCUUCUCGGGCUUCCUAAAGCACUUUCCGGGCACGCACAGGCAGAUCUACAGAAACCUGCAGGAGAUCAACGCUUUCAUCGGCCAGAACGUAGAGAAGCACCGCGAAACCCUGGACCCCAGCAACCCCAGGGACUUCAUCGACGUCUACCUGCUCCGCAUGGACAAAGACAAGUCCGACCCCAGCAGCGAGUUCCACCACCAGAACCUCAUCAUCACCGUGCUCUCGCUCUUCUUCGCCGGCACCGAGACCACCAGCACCACCCUCCGCUACGGCUUCCUGCUCAUGCUCAAGUACCCACACGUCACAGAGAGAGUCCAGAAGGAGAUCGAGCAGGUGAUCGGAACCCACCGCCCUCCGGCCCUCGAUGACCGAGCCAAAAUGCCCUACACGGACGCGGUCAUCCACGAGAUCCAGCGGCUCGGGGACCUCAUCCCCUUCGGGGUGCCCCACACGGUCACAAAAGACACGCAGUUCCGAGGCUAUGUCAUCCCCAAGAACACGGAAGUGUACCCCGUCCUGAGCUCGGCUCUCCACGACCCGCGCUACUUUGAAACGCCGAACACCUUCAACCCUGGCCACUUUCUGGAUGCCGACGGGGCACUGAAGAGGAAUGAAGGUUUUAUGCCCUUCUCCCUGGGGAAGCGCAUUUGUCUGGGCGAAGGCAUCGCGCGGACCGAGCUGUUCCUCUUCUUCACCACCAUCCUGCAGAACUUCUCCAUCGCCAGCCCCGUGCCUCCCGAGGACAUCGACCUCACUCCCCGGGAGAGUGGCGUGGGCAAUGUGCCCCCAAGCUACCAGAUGCGCUUCCUGGCCCGCUGAAGGGGCCACAGGAACCCCCCCCACCCGGUCGUUAGGUGUCCCCGCCUCUCUAGAGAAUGGCCCCAGACUCCUCCCACAUCUUCCUGCCUCUGAGACCUGGGGCCAGCCAGGACCCUCCCCUUGGUCUCCACGGCGUGGGGAGUCCUCUUUGUGGUCCCAUCUCCUUCCACUGGGCUGCGGCUUUUCCAAAGACUCGGGGAACUGUUCUCUUUCCUCUCCUCCCUGCGUGCGGGACCAGCCCCAGCCGCUAGGGGCAAGGAUUAUACCCAGUGUGCAGUUGAGCGACAGAGGCCAGGCAAGGUGCCAGCAGUCUGAGGUCACUGUGCCCCGGAGUGGAGGAGAGAGAGCCACGAUGUCGCCACAGCCCACUCUGUUCAGUCGCCCGGGUAGGUGAGAUGCACCCACGCAGCCGCACGAGGCCGUCCAUUUAAAGGGACGGAUUUGUGCCUUUCGCUCCUCCACAAGGUCCUUACAACCAAGGAUCUGGUUGCAAACUGUGCCAUUGCCCCAGGGGAACCCCGAACCCAGCAGCUGUGGAUGUCCCAGAUAAACGCGGUACACCUCUGA